AUGAUGCAACCCGUGGAAGGCAGGGACCCGGCCGGGGAGCGUCCGAGGCCGAAUGAGGGGCCUGGGAAGAGCCAGGGCAAGAAGCAGCCGCCCCGGGAGGAGCCUUCCCGAGGUCUGAGGGCUGCAAAACGCCUAUUUUCUGAGGCUUCCUCACUUCCAACGCUGCUUCCUACGCUGCCAUCUUCAGCAAGGCCUCAGGCCAGUCUGAGCGCCUAUUCAGACCCGACCCUUCGAAGCCACACCAGAUCACGGGCUCGCGCUCUCAGCAGCCUCACAGCCACGCUGGACCAGGAGUCCCAAAGCCAGGCCGCAGGGGACAGCCCCGUGCCCCGCCGUGCUGCUGCGCCGCCGGGCAAUGCAGGUCGUUGUCCAAGAGGAAGUGCCCCGCUGCCCAGUCGUGCUGCCUGCCGCCGCCGCCACCGCGCUGCGCCCCUGGGCUCCGCUGGCUCCCUCAGCAGCGAUCCCCCACCACGGGGCCGGCCGCAACAUCGCCCUGCCCGCCGAAGGAGCGUCACCACUUCCGGGCCUACCAUCGGGAGCCGGCCAUCUUCUCAGAGCCACGUGGUGACGCCAGGCCUGCACUUGCCAAGUCGUGGCACCCAAGGAAGAUCAGCAUUUCCUUAUCCACCUGGGCCUGCCAGCCAGCAUCAUCCGGUAGCAAUUAACGUUUUUGUUCAAAGAAGUGGGGCCGACGCAGAGCUUUCGGAUGGUCCUGAUCCAGAGAGCCCGAGAUUGGCAUCCCGGCCUGCUCGUGCUGUUCGCAUGCGUGCCUCCUCACCCUCUCCUCCUGGCAGGAUCUUUCCACUCCCUGGGCACUAUGGUGAGAGCUUCCCUUCGUCCCCCUCUAGCACCCCUGGCCGGAGCUCCUCUUCCUCUUCCUCUACCUCUUCCCCUUCCGCUACCCCUGGAUUUUUGGGCCUGAGGGCCAUCUCCACUCCUAGCCCGAAUAGCCUUAGGCGUGCCUUGAUGCCCGAGCUUGAUGUCCUGCUUGAUGCUUUGAGUCCUGCCUCUCUCGAAGAGCAGGAUGAGAUAGGGGAAUAG